CGGGGUAGGCGCUCUGGUGCUCACCGAGGAAGCUCGCAGCCUCGGGCGCACCGAUCUUUCCGAUCUUGCCUUUGGAGCAGCUAGAUCGCCAACCUUGACUGCUCCAUCGGCCUGCCGCCCCUUACCUGCGAUUGCAUACGAACUUUUCCUCCCUCUUGGACACCGCAGUCGUCGGAGUCGUCGAGAUCGGCGUGGCGCUCGCGUGAUGGCCUUCGUCCGUUUAGAGUAGUGUAGUUAGUUAGGGGCCACCGAAGAAGAAAGAAGACGCGAAUAGUGCAGAGAUGCUGGAGGUGGUCAGUUACUAAGCUAGAGUAAGAUAGUGGAGCAAGACCAGCCAAACCUGUCCGGGGGCGCACGGUCGCCCAGAGGAGGUCGACUCGCCGGUGCUCACUAUCGCGCCGAGCUCCCUCCGUCCCUCCCUCCGCCGAGGCGCGAGAUUGCGGCGCGCAGCGCAGCGCAGCGCAUCGACUGCCGCGGGCUCCGCUGGGCGAUUGCAGCCGAGUCCGUUUCUCGUCUAGCUGCCGCCGCGGCGACCGUUGCCUCGUCUUCCUCCCGGACGCUUGUGGGAUAUCAACCAAUAUCCAUGAGCAUCUAUAGGCCAACCAUCACCAUCCUUCAAAAAUAAUUAAAGGAUGGAAUUAUGAAUUCAGUCUGUUACAUUCCCACUUCUCAACUUUAAACUUUACACCGAAGCAAUCAUGGUGAACCUGAGAAAAGCGGUGCAUUCGUUCCUUGUGCACCUCAUUGGCCUACUGGUUUGGCAAUUUGAUAUUUCUGUGAGCCCUGUUGCAGCUCUAGUAACUGACAUUUUCAAUACCUCCGAUGGUGGACGCUUCAAAUUCCCAGACGGGGUACAAAACUGGCCAGCACUUUCCAUCGUCAUAAUAAUCAUCUUGACGAUAGGUGGCAACAUUCUCGUUAUCAUGGCAGUAAGCUUGGAAAAGAAACUGCACAAUGCCACCAAUUACUUCUUAAUGUCCCUAGCCAUUGCUGAUAUGCUAGUGGGACUACUUGUCAUGCCGUUGUCUCUGCUGGCAAUCCUUUACGAUUAUGUCUGGCCACUACCUAGGUAUUUGUGCCCCGUCUGGAUUUCUUUGGAUGUUUUAUUUUCAACAGCGUCCAUCAUGCACCUCUGUGCUAUCUCGCUGGAUCGGUAUGUAGCAAUACGUAAUCCUAUUGAGCAUAGCCGUUUCAAUUCGCGGACUAAGGCCAUCAUGAAGAUUGCUAUUGUUUGGGCAAUUUCUAUAGGGGUAUCAGUUCCUAUCCCAGUGAUCGGACUGAGAGACGAAGAGAAAGUGUUCGUCAACAACACGACCUGCGUGCUGAACGACCCAAACUUCGUCCUUAUCGGGUCCUUCGUCGCCUUCUUCAUCCCGUUGACGAUCAUGGUGAUUACGUAUUGCCUGACGAUCCACGUCCUCCGCCGCCAAGCCCUGAUGUUACUGCACGGCCACGUCGAGGAACCGCCCGGAAUAAGCCUGGACUGUCUCAAGUGCUGCAAGAGGAACCCCCCGGAGGAAGAGAGCGCUCCCAACCCCAACCAGGACCCGAACCCGCGCCGCAGGAAGAAGAAAGAGCGCCGUCCCCGGGGCACCAUGCAAGCCAUCAACAACGAACGGAAAGCGUCGAAAGUCCUUGGCAUUGUUUUCUUUGUGUUUCUGGUCAUGUGGUGCCCGUUCUUCAUCACCAAUAUUCUGUCGGUUCUGUGUGGGAAAGCCUGUAAUCAGAAGCUCAUGGAGAAGCUUCUGAAUGUGUUUGUCUGGAUUGGCUAUGUGUGUUCGGGCAUUAAUCCUCUGGUGUACACGCUUUUCAACAAAAUUUACCGAAGGGCUUUCUCUAACUAUUUGCGCUGCAAUUAUAAGGCAGAGAAGAAGCCUCCGGUCAGACAGAUCCCGAGGGUCGCGGCCACUGCUUUGUCUGGGAGGGAGCUUAACGUUAACAUUUACCGGCACACCAACGAGCCGGUGGUUAAGAAAGCGGAUGAUCGGGAGCCCGGUAUAGAGAUGCAGGUAGAGAACUUGGAGCUGCCGGUUAACUCCUCCAAUGUGAUUAGUGAAAGGAUCAGCAGUGUGUGAUUAGCAGUGCGGAAGCGGCAGAGGCCUUUCCUGCGGGAAAGCUACCAACGUAGGAAAAGGUUCUCUAAUUCUUCUGUCGGUCAUACCUAAUGUAAAUAUCGUCGUCCGAUUUAAAAAAAAAAAAAAAAAAGUGUUUUUGUAUAUAGCUUUGCAACUUUACAAUCAUGCAUACAAUAGUGAGAUUUAGGGUUCUAUAUUUACUGCUUAUAACAGAUGGAGAAUAACUUAUUUUGAUUAUUCGAUGCGUAAAACGUUGAUGUUUCUUCUUUCCCUCCCUCUUUCCUUCCCUCCUUCCCCCGCCCCCCUCUCUCUGUCUCUCUCUCGCCCACUUACUUUUGUGCAUAAGGAAAUGUCGAUGUUCAUCUCAGGUGGCGUUUGCGUGAGACCAGAAUGAUGACGGGGACAGUGGUUACACUUCAGCCACACCAAAAUUGACAAUUCGCUGGACUCUUUUCCCGGGUUAACAGUAAAUAUACGCUUUAAACUCUUGCUCUGCUCAUCUACACACAUCAACGUAGUAAGAUAGGUUCUGCCUUCUGAUGACCUUAUCACACCUAUUCACGACGUCAAAGGUAGAACUUAGCCUCGUUGUCACAUACAGGGGCAAAAUUUGACAUUGUCAGAAUGUCGUGUUGGUAUUUUACUGCAAUGUCCGUCCCCAUAGUGGUCUUUUAACAUAGCAGCUGGAUGACCAGGACUACGGAAGUGGAAGGCUGAUACGAGAUAUAUACACCAAUAGCUUUUCACUUCUCAAGGACAAUGUUCAAAUU